GGUCUCAUUUAGGAAUUGGGUGUAUAAUGAAAUUAUACACUAUUGACCGAACCAAGUGGUAUCAAUAACAACGCUAAUGUGGAUGAUUGACAGAGAUAAAGAAAGUGAUAUUAAUGAAACCGGUUUAUAAUGUUACCUCGGUUUAACAAGUGGUAUGAUUUGAUUAGGGAUACAAUCGGUUUAUGUUGGUUCAUACCGGUUUAAUAUAACAUGUAAAAAAGUGAAUAAUCAUUAACAUCUAAUGAAUUUAAAGUAUGAACCACACACCAAACCAAACCAAACCAAACCAAACCACUGGUAAUUGUUUAUGGUCAAGAUCAAACUAUGGUAUUGGUUUUGAUAUGGUGUUUUCCAAUGUAGUCAAUAUCGCGUUUUAAAAUUUAAAAACUUAUGAUUUUACGUUUCUAGUUCACUAAAACGCUUCUACACAAAAUCUCAGUUUUUAUAACUUAUGAAGUCAAAAACCCCGCUUUAAAACUUAAAAACUUACGACUUUUUCGCUUCUAGAACACCAAAACGUUUCUACGUAAAAACUCGUUUUUGACUACAUUGGUGGUAUGGACUAUUUUCAUCUUAGAGCACGAGGGAGAAGUGGGAAGAAGAGGAGUGGAGUGGGGUUGUUGUGCCCUUGUGGCUUGUGGGGUAAUGGUAACGUCGAUGGUAAUGGUAAAUGCUGGAGGUGGUGGGGGUGUCCUCGUGAUCGGCGAAGGGGCAGCCCCCAGGAGGAACAGCAACAGCACCAGCACCAGCAGAAUCAAAUGUUUCAUUAUUAUUAUUAUUAUUAGUUUAAAAUGAAAAAAACUAAAAACUAAAAGUAAAUAAUAAUAAUAAUAAUAAUAAUGAGGGAGAAUAGAUCCCAUAGAAGACUGUACCCUCCCUGAAGUCACGUGGCCAUCUUUUGACUAACAUCCCCACUCCCCAGGCCCUGGACUCGACUCCACAGACAGACACAGCACCCCUCCAACUCCAGGGCUCCACCACCCUUUUUUGCUUUGCUUUUUCUCACGUAUAAAUCCCAACUCCCUCCUCCCACCCUCCAUCCCCCAAACUUGCAACAACAACAACCCUUCUCUUCUCCCACCACCGCCACCACGUUUUUGUUCUCUCUCUCUCUUAGCCCUAGCCCGUCGCCAAUCUAUUCCUGUCUGAUUUUUUCAGUGGCCCCUGCUUAAUCUUCCUCUACUUAUUUAUUUGACUCUCGCCGGCCGGGAUGAUGCAGCGGUGCAGCAGCAGCGGCGUUGGAGGAGGCCCGUGUUCCUGCGGAUCCUACCACUGCCCGCAGAACACCACCACCGGCUCCUCCUCCUCCUCCUUCUCCAUGCUCUUCUCCCCGCUCGAUCACUACCGAUCCUACGAUCAUCACGACCCUUCACCACCACCUGACAACUACUACUCCAACUCCAACUCCUACAAUAACAACUACUAUAACUCCUCCUCCUCCUCCUCAUCAGUCGACUGCACGCUCUCUCUCGGCACCCCUGCCACUCGAGCCGACGACCACCGCAGACCCUCCUCCCACCACCACCAAGACGGCCGCCGCUCCGCCGGAGGCUACGUCUCCAACUUCUGCUGGGAUAUUCUCCAAGGCACCAAAGCCGCCGUCACCAAGUCACCCCGUCCGCCUAGUAACAAUAACAACAACGGCGACCCUUUGGUUGCCCGCCGCUGCGCCAACUGCGACACCACCUCCACCCCUCUCUGGCGGAACGGCCCCAGAGGCCCCAAGUCGCUGUGCAAUGCGUGUGGAAUUCGGUUCAAGAAAGAGGAGAGGAGGGCGACGGCGGCCACUGCUGUCAGUGCAGGCGGCAGCGGUGGACAAGCCGACCACUACGGCCAUCAGCAGCAGCAGCAGAGCUACUAUGGAUACGGGUCCAAUACGACGACGUCGUCUUCAUCUGCCUCGUGGGCUCAUCAGUCGCAGAAAAUGGGGUGUUACUCGCCGGCGGGGGAGUUCAGGUUCAUUGAUCAGGACGGCGAGCGGGACUAUCAGUAUCAGACCUCCGACGCCGCCGGCGUUCCUAAUUUUCUCUCUUGGAGAUUGAACGUCACUGACAGACCGGGCCUGGUCCACGACUUCACCCGGUGAUCGAUCGAUCGAUCAGAGCCCACAACCCAAAAAGAGAAAGGAAAAAAAAUAUAUAUAAAAGAAAAAAAAGGGGAGAAAAGAGAGAGAGGCGAGUACUUACUACUACAACGUUAAUGGGAUGGAGACGCUGGAACCGAAGAUGUUUGAUUUUUGGUGAUGGUGACGCUUCUUUGGUGCUUGGAUCUCCUACUCGCUCGCUUUCUAUCCCUUUUUUUUUUCUUGAUUUCUUCCCCCACCACCACCAUCCUAACCUCGAAACUUAUAUAGUUAAUGAUUAUUUAAUUACAUUUUCCCCCUUUCAUCUGCUUUUGCUUUUUUGUUAUUUUUGAUGGAUGCCUUUAGACAGCCGUUAAUGUAAUGUGUCCUGUCCGGGUUUUUUUUGUUUUGUUUCGUGUAGCUACGUUAGAAUGCAGGGGGAAAAUGUGGGCUAACUCUGUUUAAUGUUUUAGUUGUUUUUCCUCCUUUUCUUUUCUCCCACUGAUCACUUUUGUUAAUCUUAAAUCAUUUUAUAUAUAAUUUAUUUUUGCUACGUAGUGAUAUAUUUCACAUUUAUUUAUCAUCUUCACCGGGAUCAGUUUCUCUGUUCAUUUGGAUGAAUAUAAUUUAAAUUACAUU